AUGAGUCGAAGAAAUGGAAGUGGUCCAAAGCUUGACUUGAAACUCAACUUAUCUCCACCAAGGGUUGACCACAGAAGAGUUGAGUCGUCAUCACCAACAAGAUCAGCGACUGUUUCGCCAACAUCACCACCAAGCUCGUGCGUGUCCACUGAGCUAAACCAAGAAGAUGGAACCAACCGAUACUCUAACAGCCCAGAAGCUACUUCCAUGGUUUUAGUUGGUUGUCCUCGCUGUCUUAUGUAUGUCAUGCUUUCUGAAGAUGAUCCAAAGUGCCCCAAAUGCAAAAGUACUGUUUUGCUUGAUUUUGUCCAUGAAAACAACAAAAGAAGGAAUUAA